GGGUUGUGAUGGGUCAGACACAACUUCGCGACUAACAACAACAACAACAAUGCACUGUUUAUACAUUUAAUCUGAAAUUGUUGAGAAAAUCCAAGGCUUGGCCCUGAAGUUGCUCCUCCAAUCAAGAACUGAGAGAAAGAGAGAGAUCCUACCAACCCCCCCUCCCCAUCCUCACACAAGCUCCCUGCAACAGUGCCUACAGUAUUCCCGAGGAGCCCUCUUGCAGAAGCAGAUUUCUCAGGGGUCUAAGCAUCUUCAAAGGGAAGGAGGAGGUGGGAAAGCCUCAUUCUAGCACUAUGAACUCUACUUCAUUCAUAGAAGGAAGGUUAAGAUCAAGCGUCAUGUGCUGUACACUAAGUGACCAUCAACAUAUGGAGUUUAAGGUCAGGGUGGCUGCUUACACUUUGCCCUCCCCCCCAAAAAAUUACAGGAUACAGAUUUUCAUAAGAUUUCAUAGGCUAAUGUUUGCAUUUGUAUUUAGGGUGUAUGCAUGUAUUUAGAAAUAAUUUGUAUAAUGUUAAUAGACACACAGUGCAUCUCACCAUAGCAGAGGGGCAGAGGCCAGGUGAGCUGUGUACCUGACCAGCCUGGUGAGUCCAGAUGCUAACAGUUCACCAGCAACUUAUGACCCCUGCAUUGUCUUCUUAGGGUUCUCUUGAACUGGGCAGCCCUUCAAAUAGAGGACUGUCCUUGGCAUAUGGCCACCCUCUUUUGUGUGUGCAGGGAAGUAUACAAAUCAGUUGCCUCAGUGAAGUCUAUGCCUCUUUUCACCACUGGGUGGAUUUAAGGACAUAUGCUACUGUUCUGAUGUAUUUUGAUCAUUUCAUAGAAGUGACACACUGUGAAAUUUGAGCGUGGUCAUUCAUCUUUUUCACAGAUAUGAGCAAGCAUAUCUGACCAGUUUGAUCGGGCUCAGGCCUGAAACCUAUUUCUGGAUUGGUCUUUCUGAUCUCGAAGAAAAAGGAACAUUCAAGUGGACCAAUGGAGAAGCUGUCAAAUUCACUCACUGGAAUUCAGAAAUGCCUGGACGGAAGGUCGGCUGUGUUGCCAUGAGAACUGGAAUUGCAGGCGGCUUAUGGGAUCUUCUGACAUGUGAGACAAAGGCCAAAUUUGUCUGCAAGCACUUGGCUCUUGGAGUCACUCCGCCACCUGUGCCAACAACAACUCCCGCCCCGACAUGCCCCGACGAGUGGGGGUCAAGUGACCAGAGGAGUGUGUGCUACAAAGCUUUCACCAAAGGAGAUGAAAAGAAAUCAUGGGCUGAAGCUCAGAGCUUCUGCGUAGCUAUUGGAGGAGACCUGGCUUCCAUUAGCAGUUUGAAAGAAGAACGUUCACUGCAGCGUUACUUAUCGAACUAUGGAUUCAGCACUUCGCAUUACUGGUUAGGUUUAAAUUACAUAAAUCCGGAUGAAGGAUUCCAGUGGAGUGACGGGUCUCCACUAGGGUAUACAAACUGGGAAUAUGGAGAACCCAAUAAUUAUAAUGGUGUGGAACACUGUGCAGAGAUAAAUGGAAACACUCGCAUGCGCUGGAAUGAUGUGCACUGUGAUGAAGCAUAUUACUGGAUUUGCCAGGUCAAAAAAGGAAUACAGCUAAAACCAGAACCUACAAAUCCACCUUUGCCAAAAUUCCAGCUUACUAUUGAUGGCUGGCUCGUCAAUGGGGAUAAGCAGUAUUAUUUCAACACUAAUAAAAUGCCCAUGGAUAAAGCACGGGAGUUUUGCAAGAAGAACUUUGGGGAUCUAACUGUCAUCGAAGGCAACACAGAAAGAAGGUUCCUAACAAAAUAUAUCUCAAAAAAUAACCAGGUGGAUUCUUACUUCAUUGGUUUACAAGUGAGCCUUGAUAAGAAGGUUAGCUGGAUGGAUGGAACCCCUGUGCAAUACGUAGCGUGGGCACCGCAUGAACCCAAUUUUGCAAACAAUGAUGAAAACUGUGUGGUCAUUUACAAAAAUACAGGUCUUUGGAAUGAUAUAAACUGUGGUUAUCCAACACCUUUCAUAUGUGAAAGGCACAACAAUUCAGUAAAUGCAACAGUUGCUCCCACGCCAGUUCCUGUUCGAGGAGGGUGCCCAGACUCAUGGCUUCUGUUUGAAAAUAAGUGUUACAAAAUGUUUGGGUUUAAAGCAGAAGAUCAAAAAACUUGGGAUGCUGCACGAACAGCUUGCCAGGGCUCUGAAGAUGGAGGCAACUUGGCUACCAUACCAAAUGAAAAGGUUCAAGCCUUCCUCACGUACCAUUUAAAUAAUUUGCCAAUGGAUGCAUGGAUAGGAUUAAAUGAUAUCAACCAAGAGCAAAUGUACCUCUGGACAGAUGGAAGUGGACUCCACUACACAAACUGGGCUGAUGGCUUUCCAUUGACUGGAUAUGAAGGAGAUCGGGAUGACUGUGUUGCAAUUAAAAUUAGGCCUUCUAAAGAAGCAGGGACAUGGAGACAUUUUCGCUGUUCUUCUUCAAAAAGUUACAUCUGCCAGGCUAAUACAAACCCCAAAUAUUCUCUUCCUCCAUCAACCACACCAGCACCUCGUAUCCGUUACAAUAAUAGCAGCUAUUUUUUCAUUGAAACCAAAAUGACAUGGAAGGAUGCUCAGUUGAUCUGUCAACGACAAAACUCAGACCUUGCUAGCAUUUUAGAUCCAUUCAGCCAGUCACUCCUGUGGCUGCAGGUGUCAAAAUACAAAAGCCCUCUAUGGAUUGGCCUCAACAGCAAUGUGACUGAUGGGCAAUAUACCUGGAUUGAUAAGUUCAAGUUCAAGUACACUAACUGGGCUUCAGGAGAACCAAAACAAAAUUUUGGUUGUGUUUAUCUGGACCUGGACGGAAUGUGGAAGACAGGGUCAUGUGAACAGAAAUAUUUCCCACUCUGUAAACAUUCAGAUGUGAAGCCACCUACAGAACCACCUCAACUUCCAGGAAGAUGCCCAGAAUCACUGGAGACACCUUGGAUUCCUUUCCGUGGCCACUGCUACCACUUUGAGUCCUCAUCCAAGAUGAACUGGGCUAAGGCAUCUUUAACUUGUUUGCAAUUAGGUGCCAGUCUGGUUUCAGUGUCUGAUGCAGCUGAAGCACAUUUUUUGACAGAAAAUUUAGAACCCCUUGAAAGUAAAGCACCAACUUUCUGGAUAGGAAUGUACAAAAAUCUGAAGGGUGAUUGGUUAUGGCUUGACCAGAGUGCAGUAGAUUUUGUCAACUGGAACACUGGAGAGCCCUCCUCACACAAUAGUGAACACUGUGUGGAAAUGUAUUCUUCAUCUGGAACUUGGAAUAAUGCCUAUUGCUCUACCUAUCUGGGAUAUAUUUGCAAACAACCAAAAAUUGUGCCUACAAAGAAGACUGUGACUGAGAAAACUCCAGAAAAAAAUAGUCCAAAAAGGAGAGAAGGCACGCCAGAACCAACCAGUAACAAGGCUGCCGCUGUUGUCAUCGUGGUGAUCCUCAUCAUAUCAGGAGCAGCUCUUGCAGGGUUCUAUUUUUACAGGAAGAGGAAUCGACAGAUAUUGACGGAUGACAACUUUGAGAAUUCUCUGUAUUUUAACAGUGGCUCCAGUUCUGGGAUUAGCGAUACAAAGGACCUGGUGAUGAACAUGGAGCAGAAUGAACAUGCAACUAUUUAGCUGAAUGAAAUAUAAGCUUGUGCCUUGUUCUAAUAAAUAUAUUGAAUUCCUGAAGCACUUUACCACAACUGAUUGUCUUACCUUCAUAAGAGAGUGAUAAGAAUGAGCCCAUAUGUUUCAGCAUUUUUAUUAUGUACUAGAAGCAGCAAUAACUCAGUUUCAUGCUCCUAGUAAAUCAGCAGCUUUGAAUUCAGAAUAAAUAAUGCUGCCAUUUCCCUCUUGGCCAAAGCAGCUAGACAGGAAAAACUGUCAAAUAACAGGAAUUAGUUGAUAGCAUUAACUGGCAAUCCAUUCUCACAUUCAAAAUGCAGUCAAGGGGAAUCAUUUCAAGAUGGAAAUAAGUGCUAAGUUAAUGACAACUAUUUUCCUGUCCUGAUAUUUAUCUUUGCACAUUCAGAAAACAAAGGUUAAACAAAACAAAACAAAACAUUCUAAUGGGCACAAAUCUAUUCAUGAUUUGACAUGAUCUUUUGAGAUAUGUAAUUGUUACAUGCCUAGAAGGAUUCCCACAGGGGUCUGAAGUGGCCUCAUCCAGAGUUGAAUCAUGUGGCCCACCUGGUCCAGUCCUGUGUACCCUGGCAGUGGCUCUUUUUGCUUUCAGACAAAGAUUUGUCCCAGCCCUGUUACAUAAGGCUCCUUUCUCCAUGCUUCUAUGUUCAAUCCUCUAAUUAGACAUAUUACGGACUGAACUGGGGACUUCCAUAUACACAGCAUGUGGUGUUCCACUAAGCAAUGGACCUUUCAGUGAUACGGCUCUACUACUUGGCAGGACUGGUGGGCCGUCUGAGCAUAGAAUGUUGCCACAGCAACACGGCUCAGAUGGGCAGGCUUCCAUUCACAGCAGCACACCUGAUAAGGACUUAUUGUGAGGUGUGUUUAGACAGAAAGACGUCUCCAACUCCCAGCAUUCCCAGCAAUGAGAAUCAGUAUUUCUGUAAAGCCUUUGUUUCAAGAGAUCGGAAAUGUUCUCUAUGCCUUUGUUGUAUAUUUUAAACCUGUUGCAUUUCCCUUCUCACAAAUAUGACUGGAACUGGUCAUUGGUUGCAGUUAAUGGGCUAAAGCAGGUCAGCAAAUGCUUUUUCCUAUAGAACAGGCCACGCAUCUGAGGACUAAUGGAGCGGGUUCUCCACACUUCCUCCUCUCCUCCCUGCAGCUCUCUAUGCAUGGCCCAAAAUGCCCAUUGGAGCUGAUCUGGGGGCAGAUGGGGGGCUGCAGGAAGAAGAACCAAGUCUGGCCCUCCCAUUGGUGGAGCAACACAAAUGGAUACAAGCCAUUUCUUUAAUGUGUAGCUAUCCAUGUCUUUUUCUUCUUUUUAAAACAGGUGCGGGGCACCCCACUGGAAUUGCAAAAGCUCCCUACCCCCAUCCUGAGCAGGGCUGCUGUGCCUGCUUUAAAAUUAAAAUGGAGCAGAGACAUGGCUGCUAAACAGAUAGUUAAAGUAAUGCCCAUUUUUCCAACAACAGCACUAUUGAUGUAUUUCAUUGUUUGAACCUGUAGAUCUGUGUGAGUGUGUAGAAUGCAGAGGCAUUUAAUGGUUUUUCUCCCCUUAAUAUGGAUGGGAAAAAACUCAUGGUUUUAUUGAUGCCAUUUUUGUGUCUCCUGGAUAAUAAACAGAAAAAGGUGGUGUCAUUC